AAUGUAAAAAGGAUUAUUAACCCUCUUAGCUAUAACAUUAUUAGCUGGUACAUCAUUGUUAAACACAACAAUAAAUAAUGAAUCAAAUUCAUUCCUAGAAGAUGAAGUAAUGAAAGUCUAUCAAAAUUGGUAAAAAGAACAUGGAAAAAGAUAUACAUAAUUUGAAAACUCACAUAGAUUUGGAAUAUUUAAGAAAAAUUAUGAAUAUAUUUAAGAACAUCAAAAAAGAGUUGAUGCUGGUUUGGAAACUUUUGAAAUUGGAUUGAAUAACUUUGCUGAUCUCUCAGUUGAAGAAUUCGAAGCUAAAUAUUUAAAAUACAAAUCCACUCCAAGAGAAUAAACUAGAUAAGUCUAUAAUAAAUAAGGAAAAUAAGUUCCAGUUGAAGUAGACUUGAGAAAAGAUGGAGUAGUAAGUGACGUUAAAAAUUAAGGAAGUUGCGGAUCAUGCUGGGCAUUCUCUGCAGUUGCUGCUUUAGAAACAGCUUUAAGAUAAGCAGGAGUUAAAAAUGUUGAAUUAUCUGAAUAAGAAUUGGUUGAUUGUGCAGUUAAAGAUGAAUUCGAAAGUGAAGGAUGUGAUGGUGGUGAAAUGUAUGAUGGUUUUGCUUAUGCCUCUAAAUAUGGUAUUGCUAUCAGAUCAGAAUAUCCAUAUGCUGGAGUUGAUUAAUAAUGUGCAGCCAAAAAGACCAAGACCAGAUAUUAAUUUGCUGGUUUUGUUGAUGUUGAAUCACUCAACCCAUAAGCCUAUGUUGAAGCUGCUGCUGAACAUGCUCUCUCUAUUGGUAUCAAUGCUUCAGGAAUCAACUUCUAACUCUACAAGAAAGGUAUCUACAAUGCCAAAUGUGAUGGAAGUAAACCAGCUCUUAAUCACGGAGUAACCAAUGUUGGAUAUGCUCCAGAUUACUAUUUAAUCAAAAAUUCAUGGGGAAUCUCAUGGGGAGAAUCUGGUUACAUUAGAUUCGCCAGAAUUUAAGAUAAACAAGGAUAAUGUGGUGCUUAAUAAGAAGUUAACUACCCUUUAUAUACAAAGUUUGAAAACCAAUCAGUUAUUUUUGAAUGAU